GAUGGUUAAAACUCGGCUUUCCUUUGUUUUCUGCUCUGGGUUCAGACUGAGAAUGAUAAACUAAAAGAAAAAUAAUGCGGAAGCUGAACCAGUUCAUAUCAGGGGACGAUGGAGAGAGAGGAGAGAGCUUCUUGGAUGAUGAAUCAGAUGACCUUUGUUCUCUUUCACCUGCGCAGAGAAUGUACGCUUUUGCUGCCUGUUUGGUCGCUGGUCUGGCUUGUACGUUUCUGUCAUUGAUCGUCUUUGUCAAGCCCAUCAAAUUUGCAGUAUUAUUUACUUUUGGCAAUGUGUUGGCAGUGGGAAGCACAGUCUUCCUCAUUGGAGUGGGGAAGCAACUAAGUGUGAUGUUUGACUCUGUCCGAAUUUAUGCAACAGCUAUUUACAUUGGAUUUGUUGUUAUAUCUCUUAUUUGUGCUCUCUGGAACAGAAAAAGUGUACAAAAUAUACUGGAAGGCAUUGAAAACUUUUCGUCCAGAGAAAGUGAGAAUCGUGGGAAAAAAAACUUAAAUCUUUUAUUUAGCAUUCUGUAUUAAACUAUUCUAGUUUCUCAUUAAUUUGCCUUUAAUUGGCUAAUGUGAUCGUGUACCCUGUCUUUCUCAUUCCAUGCUUCAGAUCCAUAGCAAGAUUUUAACGGUAAUUGCAAUCAUCUUUGAGAUUUGUGCCCUUUCUUGGUGAGUUUUUCUUUAUCCCUUUUUUUGGAAGGCUUGAGGACAUUAGUGAAAAGUUGUACUUCUUUUCAAUUUUGCACCAAAAAUCAAUGUAAUACACUCCUCUGCUAGUUACCCACGGCUCUAUUAAAAUUUUUUUUUUCUGUACAUACUCUGAUUUCAGACAUUCAUCCAUAUGGCAAGAUCAUUAUAAUAGAUUUUCUGCCCUUAAAGAUAAAAUCUUUUUAUCAGGCACUCUUAAUGGUUUUCAAACCACUUACAUUUUCCCUGUCUGAAUCAUUUCAGGUACAGUCUGAGUUACAUUCCUUUUGCUCGCACAAUGGUGUCUAAUUUGAUGGUCCGGUUCUGUGACACUGAGCUAUAGAUCAUGCAAAUUCGUGAAGAUUGAUGGCUUGGGAUUCUCAUUGGUCACGGCUGUCUUCCUGGAUUUGUUUUCACCAAAAUAUGAACUGUUACAUACUUUUAAAUUUUAAAAAAUAUGAAUUGGAAUAUCA